GAGUUCAUCAGUUUACCAAAGUGGAAAUGUUUGGUGUGACGGCUAAUGAAACAAAGUCUGAAAGUGAAGAAUUUUUGAACAAACUUCUUUCAAUCCAAAAAGAAUUUAUUUCUGAUUUCGGACUUCACUUCAAGGUAUUGGACAUGCCUUCCGUGGAACUUGCAGCAGCUGCUUAUAGAAAAUAUGACAUAGAAGCAUGGAUGCCAGGGAAAGGUUUAUAUGGAGAAGUAACUAGUGCUUCUAAUUGUACAGAUUAUCAAAGUAGAAGGUUAGGUAUAAAAUACUAUAAUAAAGAUAAUAUUUUGAAAUUUGCUCACACUGUGAAUGGUACUGCAUGUGCUAUACCGAGAUUGAUUACAAGUAUUUUCGAAACACAUCAAAAUAAAGAUGGAAGCGUAACAAUACCAGAAGUUCUUAGGCCGUAUAUGAAUGGACUUGAAAAAAUUGAUAAAAGUGCCUCUUCAGAAAUAAUGUAUUAUAUGAUGACU